AGCCUUAUACGGCCACUGGGUGGUCAACAAUAACUGUGAAAUCAGCCACCCGACUGGACAUUAGCCAAACAAGGCAGCAAUCACACAGAUCAUUACAUAAAUGGGGCCCAGUAGAAUGUACCAUUAACACAAAAUAGACAGAUGUAAUUAGAGCUGACCACUGGAACCUCAGGCUUAAAUCUAUCACCUGUUGGCCAGCCCUCUGUCCACUACAGUGAUCCUGGUGACCAUCGAAAAACCUGAUCAGGGAAGUAAACCAAUAGAACAUAGUGGCAAGAGUGACCAUUGAAAUUGGGGAAGUAUCUGCGUGGACCAUUUGUCAGGGAGGUCAGUUUUGAGGAAGGAAGUGUGAACCCACCUGUCAUUUGACCACCUCUGUGUCACAGAGUGGACAGCGGUCACUGAUCACAGUACCUAACUGCCCUUCUCUGUGUGGUAAUGACAAUCACUGGACACACCUAAUAUAUACUUCUGUCUACAUGUACACACCUGGAUGCUGAGACAAAGAUCUGUUUUGAUGUUGACAUGUUUAUACAUCCUGGACUGGGCCUAAGGUGAACUGGACAUCGUCUACCUGUAAUCAUGUACAUCUACCUGUAAUUAAAUGGUGUACCCUGAGAUACAGGUAAUAUCAGUGACGAAGGUUCGAGUAGGAUGUGAGUACAGUGUGAUAAGUGUCGAGUGAUUCUCUCUAUGUGUUUAACACAGGUAAAUAGAUAAUCGUUUGCUCUAACCAUGAGGAGGACGCUUCGUUGAGUACUAGUAUCUGUGUGUCUCCGCCUUUUCACUUACAAGUCCAGUAAGGAUUUACCUUCAGUUUGAUAUACAAGUAUACACUGACUCUCUGAUAUCUGGGUUCCUGUCAAGGGUUCGGACCUGGUCACUACGUUCAGGAGUCCUCGUGGAGUCACCAACCCUGGCCUGUCAACAUUGUCACUCCCAUACACACAGAUAUUAACAGGCAGAAGUGUGCCAACCCAAGCGAAAUACGAUUCACUGACAGAGAAAAAGUUUUAAAGAGUUUGUAAAUGUUCAUUAAGUAGGUAGGGAGCGCAUAUGUCAGUCGUGUUAUAGGUAGUGCUGGUAGUAUAGAUAGAGAACGAUAGAGAGAAGAGAUAGGGGACUUCAAACAGGCAGGCAGGAUCCCUUCUCUAAGUCGGCCUGGGUCAGCUGCAAACAAGCUCUUCAAUGAGAGGGAGAUAAGAAAAAGCACGGGCCUGCCCCAGAGAAGCAGACGACAGGAGAUGAUGCUCCUACUCCUCUGAUUGGAUUUACAUAUUUCCCAGCAUUCCUCAGUACCAGGAGAUACUGUAGAGAGAGAGAGCAGCAUCACCUAUCUGGAGUAUAAACCAUGUGUUAUUAGGUGGUCAUUUUCUACCUGCCCAUGACCAGCUGACCAGUGAUGCAGGUGACCUCAGCUGGAACUAAGUAACUAACUUUCUCACAACUUCAGGAACCUUUAUUUCUUCAAAAAGUCCCAGGGAAAAAGUUUAACCAUGACUUGAAAAAGUUUGGAAAGUUUUCUGUGGAGUCCUUUAUAAGUGAAAUUAGCUGCUUUAUGUCAGAGUGAAGGUAUUUUUUAUCAUCGUUGUGGAUGAUAAAAAUUUUUGUUUAUUAGAAAAAAUUUAAUGUGUGUUGCAGCAGAAUAUAGAUAUGUGGAAAUACAACUACAGGAUGUUUCAGAAGUAUCUUCCAUGAUUUGAGAGGGAAAGAUGAGUGCUGUGUUCCUGGUCAAAGAUUUGUAUUUGUGCUUUUACCUGAAAAUUUAAUUAGUAAACAGGUAUGGAUGUACUGCUAGGAUUCUCUAGAAUACCGGCAGAGUUAGGUCCAGUGUGAUCGUGGCAAACAUUUCAACAGAUCUGGCCUGUCUGAAUAGACUAUGGAUUUUAUUAUUCUGAAAGUAAAUGGUCAGGAUUUAUCCAAGUCAUCACACGAAGAAGCUGUCGAGGCGUUCCGCACGGCACAAGAACCCAUUGUGGUUGAGGUUCUACGCAGGGUCAACAAAAAUAAAAUGAAAAAUAGAUCUCCAACCAUGGUAUCCAUAGGAACGCAAACAGAGGAAGAAAUUUAUGGAUUUAAUCGUCCACCCACACCGCCACCUCCAAUCUUUCCAUUCCCAACCAGUGGAUUAUACCAGCCAUCAUCUCGACGACCAGUAGCUUUUUCAGCCAGUACAGAAAUGGGUCUCACAGACAUAGAAAUGGCCCACGGUUUUGAAUAUGACGAUGCAUAUUUUGAUGAGAGAGGAUAUGACAUGGAAUACGAGGAGGUGAUCUUACAUCGAUCCCCUAUCAAUGAGAAGUUGGGUCUGACUCUCUGUUAUGGUUCUGUGGAAGAAGGCAUGACGGACAUUUUCAUCAGUGAGGUGGAAACAGAAAGUGUAGCCUUCAAAAAUGGUCAGAUUCGUGAAGGAGAUCAAAUUUUACAGAUUAAUGGUAUAGAUGUGCAGAGCCGAGAGCAGGCCAUCAAACUUUUUUCUGAGAGAGGGGCAGACAUUCGAUUGCUUCUUGCCAGACCAGCCCAGCUACAGCUGGACGAUGGGUUCAUGGAGGAACAGAAUGGGGUUCUUGAUGACUUUCACAUGGACAUUUUGGAAAAACAUCACCAUGACAACAUGCAAAUCAUGGCAUCCAUGUUGGCUAGGGGCCACUUUGAUGAAGAGGGCGGGACAACAGACACUGCCACCACUGAAAACUCCCUUCACAAACACGAAAAAGAUAGUGGUGUGGGCCGUACUGAUGAAAGUUUAAGGAAUGAGGAGAGUUCAGAACAGGACGUGUACGAGUCUGAGUUUACGAAUUCUCCUGCAGCUACAUCGAAAUUCCGCCCAAAUUACAAGCACCUGAAGGAUGAGCAGCAUUACAGUGAUGAGAGCUUCCUGUCAACGGAGGUAGUGGACCAGGAGGGAAUGGUUCAGAUGAUCCCGCCGGAUGUGUGUGAGAGAUUUCGUGAGGACUUGGCUCGUCGAUGUGGGGAGAUGCGUGGGGAGGAAGUACUAAUGAGAAAAGACUCUCAAAGCAGUAUAGAGCAGGAGCUGGCUAUCCUCAACAAGGAGAUGGAGGACAUUCAGCUGGAGUGUCAGGAACUUGCCAAUGCUCGCAUGCGUGACCAGUCCAAGGGACAGAGUCCCCGUGACCAAACACCAUACCGUAGUCCCAGAAUUGUGCCCCGCAUGGGAACACGUCUCGAGUUUAUGAAGCAUGUGCAAUUAUAUGACCAAAUAGACAGUUUGGGUAGAAAGGACACUCUGCCCUCCAUAAAGGGGUUGACAAUUAGUGGUAAGGCAUCCUCGGAUAAAGGUGACCGUGACGCGUCCACAACAAGUGCUUAUAACACUGGUGAGAGUUGUCGCUCCACCCCACUCACCCUCGAACUUAAUCAAACCUCCGAUGAGGGGGAGAAAGGAUUCAAAAACUCCAUGCUAUGUCUAGCUCCUAUCCCCAGUGUUCCCACAAUGACCUCCUUAAGUGAUACAGAAAAACAAACUCAAACUCCGUGUAGGUCUCACGAGAGUUCUAGUGAGGAUACGUUUCUAGCUGCCAAUACUCCGUCAGACACUGUACCUACUGGUACGCCACUACUGCAACAACAGAAAAACAAAAUGGGUGAGUCCCUUCAGGACUUGUACAUGAAAUAUGCAGAUGUGAUGUAUACUAACCAAGCCAACCUUCAGCACACUAUUCAAAUACAGCAGAAACUGUUUCAACAACAGAUGGACCAGAAACGGCCACGUAAUUCUGGACCUUAUGCUUCGAGUGGCAGUGGGUCCACACAUGUGCUGCCACCUAGUGGCCAGUCACCUGGUAAUGCAACCCCACCUGGCAGUGGUGAAAUGGAAUGGGUUGUAAAGCGUCGCCCAGACGGUACACGCUAUAUCACAAGGCGACCAAUCAGAAACAAGAUGCUCAAAGAAAGAGCAAAAAAGAUUUCUGAAGAGCGGUGUGGGAUGACGACGGAUGAUGAUGCAAUGAGUGAACUUAAGACCGGACGAUACUGGUCAAAAGAGGACAAGAAACGGCAUUUAGAGAAAGCCAAGGACCAUAAGAAACGUAGGGAACUAAUGAUGAAAGCUAAAAUGGAAACUCUCAAAGAAACUGAAGAGAAAAAGGAGGUGAAUGUGGUAGAGUUAGGUCACCGAAAAAUGAUGAAACACAAGGGCAAGAAAGUAUUUGAUGAUUUUACAACUGUUCAGGAGAUGCUAGCCCACGGAAGUCGUGUGCCCGAGGGCAAAACAUACAAUCCUUUACUAUCUGUGACAACGGUGUGAUUUUCGUCACGUUAACGUAGAAUUUUUUGCAUGGAUUUUAGAGAUCACAGCUUUCAUUUAAGUCCUGUGUAAACAUGGAGGUGUACUCUUUCUUGUCCAUGAGGAAUAUACAGUUUUGACUUUCUCGGUUUGAGUCAUGUGAUGACAAUGUGUUUCAGGGUAUCGCUGGAAAUAUACAAACUUACGCAAUGUUUUGUUCAAUUCAGCUUUCAACCAAAGGAUGUUUAUUUUGUUUGUAACAAUCAUGUUUAACUGUCUGUCUUAUAAAGUCAAUGAGACUUGUGAAUGAAUAUAUAGGAGAUAGCAGACAAAGUACUGUUGAAUGAAUUUACGGGGAAUAUGAAACAGGAGAUGGACCACUGUGCUGUAUUAAGUCCUGUUUAAAGCAUUUAUUUGACUUUUUGUAAUCCAAGGUUUGAGCCUCUCCCCUCACUAUUAAGAUGAACAUUUUUCAAAGUGCUGUGCUGUGGGAGGAGUUAUCUACCUUGUAACAAUAUCGGUGGUGUACAAACCUACAUUGUGUAUGUCAUAUACUGCCAUGUAAUAUUGAUGUGCUCUAAGUCAUGACAAUACAUAUGAAAUAUUAUAUCAUUAUUAUAUAUAAAUAUAUAUAUAAACUUGGAAAUGUGAUACAAUGUUUUUGUUGCAUGAAUAAUCUGUAUAACAUACUGUGAGAUAAUUUUAUGGCAGAAACAACACAACAAAUCUUCAGAAAAUACUCUGGGUAUAAGUUUGUAUUCUGUCGCUACAAUUAUACAUGUAUUAGAUUGAAGAGAAGUUACUAAAAAUAGCAAUGGGAUAUGAAUAUUCAUAUCUGAUUUAUGAAUACUUAUACUAGAUGUAUAGUAGAUAAAAGAAUUUUGAUGCUUGAAUUUUAUUUAUUGAUAUUUAUAUUAAACAGAUGUAUGAGUGUUGAUGAUUAGAUUAUGAAUAUUAAUAGCACCAUGCAUUUGUAGUAUGAAUAUAAAUAUCAAAUCUAUGAAUAUUUUAAAAUAGCUCAAGAGAUAUGAAUAUCAAUAUCAAAUGUUGAAAUUAAUUAAUACUGAUAAAUCUGUGAAUAUUUGAUUAUUAAGCACAGUAAAUAUUCAUGAAAGUAUAAGGUCUAUAUGAGUAUGGAUAUACAUCUUAGGAAUAUUGUUGCUGUAUCACUCAUAGAUUUAUUUAUUUACAGUACACAAAUAAAAUCACCUUCAAUCUUGCAGUUAGAUUUUGAUAUGAAAAUCUAAAGAGACAAAUUAUGAUUUAUAUUUUGAAUAUUUUCUGAUGAUUGUUGUUGUGUUGUAUCGCUGAAUCUGGUUCUACAGAUCAAAGAUAGAGAAACACGAAAGAUAAAUUAUUAACGGUGUGAAUGGAAGUAAAGUGUGAUGGGCGUUAGUCUGAGAGAUUGUUGGUUUAUGGAGAGAAGACUGAGGGGAAAAUGUAUGCAAGUAUGGAUUGGAAUACAUACUCUGAAGUUAGAAUGUAAUAAGGUUAUGACUGUUGAACUACAAAUGGGAACUUACCUCUGUAUGUUUGGCUUGGCCAUCAGUACCCUUAACCAAUCCAACACAGCCUUCAUGUUCAAGUCAUUUAUUACUGUAUUUCAUUAACUCCCUUCACAGAUAAAAUGUUAGCAGAAUAUUCCCUUAUAAUGAUUCCGAUUAUGAAAGUGACAAAAAAUUCUCUUCUGAGAUAAUGACCCUCGUUUUUGGUUGUUAAAUACCAGAAUAUUGGCAUCUUGGAUUAAAAAUCUACAGAAUGUGUAAUUUUGUCCUGUUCAAAUUCACAAACUAAUAUGGACAACUUGGUGUUGUAAAUUCUAUAUAAUUACUUAUCUUCUGUUGAAGACAAAAGAAAUCGAUUAUAUAUGUUUAUAUAUGUCAUAGAAAGCUUCUAAAGAAAACUAAUAUCAAAGUAUUUAUGAGCUGUUUAUUUUCUUUUUCCAAUUAAAAGUUUUUCAUUUCUUAUACUUAAUAAGUAGGCUUAUCUUUUCAAUUUUCAAUAAACUUUUUUGUCAAAUUGUUGGUAUGAUUAAAAAUUUUGAUAUAAUCAUUCUACCGAUAUUUGAUGCUAGGGAUACAAAACAUGUACUGCCCCUUUACUACUGUGUGGGGAGUAAGAGUCUUCAUCCCUCUGUGCCCCCAGUCCCUCCCAUCUUUCCAUGUCUCCCUCCCCAGUACCCUGUGGCUAGCCUGGUGACCUGGAAUGUGUAUAUUGUGAACAUGUUGUCUAUAUGGUUCUGAUAUUGUUAAGGAAAUCCUGUUGCCAAUGAAGCAGUGUUGCUCUGUAUAUGUAGUCACGUCAACAGUAAUUGCAGUUUGUGCACACAGUAUAAUAUUAUUAAUAUGGGCUAGGCCACACUGCCUGGAUCUGAAUGAGAACUGCCCAGGUCUGAACAAGUAUUCCCUGGGUCUGAACAAGUAUUGCCUUGGUCUAAUUUGUUGAGUGCUUUUUGGGUCUGAACUAGUAACUGUCUGGGUCUGAACUAGUAACUCUGGGUCUGAACUGGUAUUGUUUGGGUCUGAACUAGUAACUGUCUGGGUCUGAACUAGUAUUGUUUGGGUUUGAACUAGUAACUGUCUGGGUCUGAACUAGUACUGUCUGGGUUUGAACUAGUAACUGUCUGGGUCUGAACUAGUACUGUCUGGGUCUGAACUAGUACUGUCUGGGUUUGAACUAGUAACUGUCUGGGUCUGAACUAGUACUGUCUGGGUCUGAACGGGUACAUCCUUGGUCUGAAGAGUACUGCCCAGGUUUUAAAGAGUACUGUUUGGAUCUGAGUUUGUACUGUCUGGGUCUGAAGAGUACUGCCCAGGUUUUAAAGAGUAUUGUUUGGAUCUGAUUUUGUACUGUCUGGGUCUGAAGAGUACUGCCCAGGUCUUAAAGAGUAUUGUUUGGAUCUGAGUUUGUACUGUCCAGGUGUGAAUGUGUAUCCAGGGUACAAACAGAUGUUGGGCCAGAACUAAAACUAUAACUGUAUACAGUAAAACAAGUGAGAGAAAACAGAAGUUUAUGUUAAUGUGUCAUAUGAUGGUGAACAUUGCUAUGACAACCGUUGCAGUGUACAUUGCUAUGGCAACUGUAGCAGUGUCCAUCACUAUGACAACUGUAGCAGUGUACACAGAUAUUUGAAAUUUUGGCCGGAAUGAUGUGUGCAACCAGUUGCCUGGCCUUUCUAAGUGAUAAAACUGAAACAAUUCAAAUAAAUUAUUGUUUUAUAUUUAAA